UUAUUGCUCUGCUGUGACCUGCUUUGUCGUGCGUGUCUCCUCCCUGGUCAUGUCAGUGUGAAACAGCUCCCUCACUCACGUUACUGGUGCUGGAUGGAAUCACUGUUACAGUCAUGGUCUGGAGACUGACUGUUUUAGCUCUUGCAUGUUCACUGGUGCUUGCACAGCAUGGAAAGCGUGAUCCAAGAACACUGACUUUCUCCAGGUCAACUUCAGUAGGACAGGACGGAAGUGUCCGUAUACAGCGGGGGACACGGUCACUGAAGUCCAGCUUCGUAGAAUGUACAACUCCUGUGACUCCCAGAGAGCACGCAGCCCUGGAGAGCAACACAUUCGAGACAGUUUUUCAUGGAGAUGACGGCUCUAGUUUUAUUUUAACGUGGGUAGGCAAUGGAACUGGGGUUAUCCUGGUUUUGUCCACAGUCAGUUCUCCACUGGAAUCUUUUUAUGAACAUGGAUCCAUUCGACUGUACAGGAGUGAAGAUUAUGGAAAAUCCUUUCAUGACAUCUCCUAUACCAUUGGCAAUUCGUUCAUAAGAAAGGAAUUUGGGAUAACUGUAGGCCCAGGGAAUUCACAGAAGUUGAUUUUGACGGCCGAGCUGCCCAUUGCCAACCUCCCAGGAGGACUUAUAUUUACUUCCACAGACUCGGGAAAGACAUUCAGAUCAGUACAGUUACCAUUCCACCCAUCUCAGCCCAUUACCUUCCAUCACCAAAACUCAGAGUACCUGCUGGUCAUCUGCACACAGGGCUCUCUAUGGCUCUCACAGAACUUUGGGAGGAGUUGGUCUAAAAUCCAUGAUGGAGUUUACUCUUAUACAUGGGGAUCCAGCUUCAGUCUUUUUUUCAGCUAUAGGCCUAAAGUCACAGAUGUAGUAGAGGCAGACAGGCGAGGCGACCUUUUUUUGAGACGCACAGAAGACCUAGGGCAAACUUUCACAACCAUUGCUCAGAAUAUCUUCUCCUUUGGCUACAUUGGAGGAUUUCUAUUCACCUCUGAAAUGGAGAAUCCGGGUUCUUCUCGGGCUAUUUAUGUUUCUUUGGACCAUGGUGAUCAAUUUACCAAAGCCUUGCUUCCAUCAGUCACUUCAGAGCAGUUCUACUCAGUUUUGGAUGGCGAUGAAGAUAUGAUCUUUAUGCAUGUGGACAGUCCUGGAGAUGAGACAUAUUUUGGGACAGUGUAUACGUCUGAUGACCGUGGCAUCCUGUACACCAAGUCUCUUGAACGGCAUCUGUUCGGUAGUGAAAGGAAGAGUGACUUUACAAAUGUGACAUCAUUGCGAGGAGUAUAUCUAACCAAUGUCUUUGAGGAGGAUGGACGAAUUUGCACAGUCAUCACAUUCAAUAACGGUGGAAAGUGGGGGCCAAUAAAAAAGCCAAAAAAUGUGGAGUGUGAAGAAAGCAUUAAACGGUGUAACUUGCACAUUCAUGGAGAGCACAGCCACUACAGUGGCAUUUCUCCCAUGCUGCCUCUGUCUCAUCCUUCUGCUGUUGGCUUGAUCAUAGCUCAUGGCAGUGUCGGGGAAUCCAUUUCAGCAUCUCCGCCAGAUGUGUAUGUUUCCUCGGAUGGAGGGUAUAACUGGAUAUGUGCACUGAGAGGGCCUCACCAUUACAGCAUACUGGAUUCAGGAGGACUGAUAGUGGCUGUGGAGGUUCGCAAAGAUCGACAGACCACUGCUAUAAAAUUCUCCACAGAUGAAGGUCAGUGUUGGAAGACUUAUAAUUUCACAGAGCAUCCCAUGUACUUUGCUGGCCUUACAUCUGAGCCUGGCACUAAGACUCUGAAAAUCAGUGUGUUUGGUUAUCGGCCUGAUGAUGACGAUCAGCCUCUGUGGGUUGCAGUGACUAUAGACUUUGUGCAGCUUCUAACCAGAGAAUGUAACGAGCAGGACUACAUACAAUGGUUAGCCCAUUCUGAUGACGAACAACAAGAUUCAGAGACAAAUGGAUGUGUCUUAGGCUACAAAGAAACUUUUCAAAGACUGAAAAAGAUGUCCGUCUGCCAAAAGGGACAUAACUAUGUCGUCAGUAAGCAACAGAAACCAUGUCCCUGCUCCAGAGAAGAUUACAUGUGCGAUUAUGGUUAUUAUCUCCAUGAAAACAACUCUGAAUGUGUGAAACAGCCUGAGUUCAGAAACAAAACACUGGAACUCUGUUUUAAUGGGGAGUUAGAAGAGCUCCAGACCACAGGGUAUCGAAAGAUCCCCAGUGAUAAAUGUGAGGGUGGCUUUAGCCCCCCACGCCAAAUGGAUGCUGCCAACAUGAAAUGUGGGAAUAACAGCCAGCCUUCCCUUAUAAGCCAUCAGCCUAAUAGACUAAAGGCGGUGUGGUUGAUGAUUGUGAUAAGUGUCAGUGUUGCGACUGUCAUGGCUAUCAUUACUGCAGUUACAAUGACUGUACUGCGGAUAAACUACAGGCAAAGGUCCAUUUCAUACCAAUUCUCAGCUCUCCAGCUGCAUGAGGAUGAAAUGUGUGUUGCCUCUGAGAGGACUUCAAACAGUAACCAAGCCAUCUACCAAGAAUAUUCAGAUGAUGCAAGUCAGAUCGCAUUCCUUGUUUCAUCUGAACCCAGUAAGCAGUAUUGUAGUCUUACUAAGGACUGACAAAUCAAAACUGCAUGCAGUGGAUUAAAUUAAUUUAAAAAAUAAUAUUACCAUAAACUUUGGUCUGAAUUUCCAGUUAGAUCAAGAUCUGUGUUUUUCAACUCCACUGCUUAAAGCACGUUGAGCUGUACAGUUUCAAGUUCUCCUUAUGGCAAAUGCCCUUAAUCCUAAUCAUGGAAGACUAAGUAGUUGUUACACUACAUGUGUGAGCAAACAAAACUUGUAUCUGUUCACCAUAUCAGGGUACAGCCAGUUUGUAGUCUUUUCCAAAUUCUGAUUGGACAAAUUCAAAUUCAGCUUUUUUUCUUCAAACACUAUUAACAAUAGGAAAUAUUGUUUUACAAUAAUCUAGAUAUAGAUUUAGAUCUCCAAUGUUGCCAAUGGUGAGAGUGGAAAGAAAAAAACUUAAGAGGAGCCAGAUUCAAAAGGGAACAUAUGCUCUUUUAUUCGAUAUUGGAUAUUAUAAACACGAGCGAGAGUGGAAUUUGGGAGGUGGUGGAAAAUUAAUUGGUUCAGUAAGAAAACAUGGUUGAUUGUUAUAGAUUUAAAUCACUUUAAAAUACUUAUAAGAAUGGAUAGUCAUCAAAAUAAUAUUCUGAGGUAGAUGUGAAUUUACUUCAAUUUUUGUCAAUUGCUAAUAAUAUUAAAAACACUGGAAAUUCUGUAAAGAAUUUAUACAGAUAAAUAAUGUGUACAUUUCAGGUUGUUUUCUACAGCAUGAGUACCAUUGAUCUUGAUUAACAUGCAAAUCUGGAAUGCUGUGCAACUUCAUUUUUCUAAAUCUUCUUGUUAUGCAUUCUGUAUCAUAAUGUGUCUGUGAAGAUUCUCAGUCACUAAGGUAUGGUUAUCUAGAAGAACGAAAAGAAUCUAGAACUUGCAGAUAUUCAGUAUCACACUUAGACAACUUUGGAUUAGAUUACAUAACUUGUAAAACUAAUGUACAUAUACUGUACAGUACAUUCAUCUCCAGAAGUAUUGGAAUGGUCAAUUUUUUGAAGAUUUUGAUGCAACUACUUUAAACAAGGUAUAUUUAAUCAAACAUUUAGUGCGAGUUACCUAAAUUUCAAGGCUGUGCCAUCUCACUGGUUGUACUGUACCAUAUUGAUCUUUUGAACACAAACCCAAAUAUAUUCAGACUAUAUAAAACAAAUUAAUUGGUACUAAGUGUAAAUAAUACUAAGUAAAAUAAUACAAAGUGUGCUUAAAAGAUGUAAAAUGUAAUGUAUAUUAUGAUUAGUCAUAUCAUGAUUAUUGCAGCAAUACAAGUUUACAUUUGUGAUACUUAAGCAAGGAUGAGUGUUUUGGAUCCAAGUCAGACCAAAACAAAAAAGCAUAUGGACAAGUUUGACAAGGUGGAUGAGCUCCAGAAUCAAUUUAAAAGGCUGUACAUUUUAAUCAAAAUGCAAGAGUAUUAAAACAUCUAAUUUUAACUCUCAUGAAUGGGAUAGAUCUGAACCUUAGAUUUCUACAAGAAAGCAAAUCUGUUUAACAAAAUACUUGACCAAAUAGACUUUAAGAUUGAGACUCUGUAUAAGUUUCAAAACAUAAUUGGAUAGUUAUAGGUGUGCGGCUCCGUACAGACCCCUGCUGUAGUUUAUGACUUUGACCACUGCUGACUCAGAAAAUGUAUGAGACUUAAACCCUGAUUGUGUUCAUAUGCAAGUAAAAGUCUAGCUGCUACAUUGUAGAUAUUAAUAGGUUUGAUAUAAGCUCAAAUUGGUUUAACAGCUAACAAGGACUAAUGUCAUUUUUUUAGGUUUAUUUUUUAAAGCUAUCAUAUCUAAAACACAAUUUGAUGAGGAAAUUGUGUUAUUUGAGGACAAUAACUCCAAACAAUCCACAAUUGUCGGGUUGUAUAUUUAUAGUCACACCCUCCAGUGUCAAUGAGGUUCCCUGUUCUGUUCUGUGAAACUAUCAUAUCUGCUGGAGCUACAGUGCAGGUUAGCCCAUAAGUGUGUAUUUUUUUGUCAGCAUUAUUUUCUUUAACACAUGAACAGAGACCUCAUCAUAAAUAUACCUGUCAUCAAAGAUACAUUAUUAUAGAAUAUACCUAAACAAACAUGAAGCCCAUGGAGCUAUAAAAUUUGCAGGAAAAAACGUGUGAUUCAGGUUUUUUCAGAAAAUGAAAUACCAAACACAAUUAAUUGUAAUUUAAAUUUUAUUUAAACCCAUUAUUAAAAAUGGAUAAAAUAUGUUAAAUAUGCUACUCUCCUGACAGUCCUACCUAAUUCAUGUAAAUCUACAAUUUCCCCAUCAUAAUGCCUAUUAGUCUCUACUUGUGGUAAACUUUGGUCUUUUCUGAGAAAAC